AUGCUUAAAUUAAAGAGGGAGUAUUUUAGAAAUUCAAUUCAAAAAUUGGCUAGAGAAGAAAUCUUUAAAAAGAAAAGAAUUGUUACAAGUAAUAACACAAAUUAUGAGAGUAAUCCAUUUAAUGAAAGUAAUGAAUUUAUUUUGAAUUGAAGAGUUGAAUUAAUUAUUUGAAUCAGAAUUAACCAUCUUAGAUAUUGCCCAUAAAUUAGAAUAAUUAUAUGAGGAGUACAAGUUAUUUCCUGAACGAAAUACCCUAGUACAACGACAUAAAUUAAAUUUAGGUUCUUUCUCAAAUUAAAAUAUUAAGUAUGAAGGUGGCUACAAUGAAAAUACAAGAACACAUAAAUGACUUCUAUAACUCUAUUAAAAGUAAUCAUUCUCUAUAAGUAAGACAAUAUAUUACCUGAAUUAAUUAAAUACUGUUCCCCAGUCUAUGCAGAUGAUGUAAACACAGUAGAGCUAACAAAUAAUAGUUUAUGGAUUUUGAUUAACUUAACACUUGCAGAUGAUUGUGUGAAUUAUCUAUUGGAUUAUGCUGAUUUCUUAGAAUAAAUCAACUUUCUAAUUAAAUCAAAAUAUGAAGUAAUUGUUCAUAGAGUUUUUGAAUUGAUAUUCAAUAUGACAGUAGAAGAAUAAGCAUGUGACAGAAUUCUAAUCCAUUCUAAUUUUGAUGAAGCAUUUUUACAUAGAUUAAAAAGAUAAAAUUCAGAAAUGAUUAUGAAUUUAGCAGCCUCAAUAAUCAAGAAUUUUUGUAAUAACUUUAGAAAUGAACAUUUGCAAAAGAUCUUAGAUUUUAUAUUCUAUUGUAUUAGAACUGAAAGUGUAAAUGGCUUAAGUUAUAUGAUUACAGAAGAAUAUUGUGCACAAUUUUUAACUAUCUAUAAAGGCCUUUGUAUCAAAUUAUUUACUCACCCCAAUCAUUCUAUAAAUUUUAUUAAUUACUUAUCAGCACAUUCAUCCAAUGAAGUUCUAGAUGUAUAUAAUAUAAUUUAUUAUAGUUAUUACUUGAUUAUCCCAUUGUGGAUGAAUUAAUCCGUAUUAAGAAUUCUAAUCAUUAGGUUAAAGUGUACUCUACAUUCUCCAAUCUAGCUACACAUUAACCAUUUCAUAAUGAAUUAAGAGUACUCUUCUAAGGAAUUUACGAAUAAUAUGAAAAAUCAGAUCUAAAAAUGAAAUUGGAAUUAGGUUAUUUUGUUUCUACAUAUAUUGUAAAUUGUGAUCCUACAUUUUAUGGAGAUUUAAUCAAUAAUGGAGUUAUUAAUUUAUUAGUUGAUUUCUUUAAAGAAAUCUAUGAUCCAAAAGCAGUUUAUUUAGCUUUAUAGGCUGUACUCCACUUAUUUAUUAAUGAAAAUUCAAAAUAAAUAUUUGAAAAACUGGGUGGAUUCAAACAUUUGGAAAAACUCAGAUAAAAUGACAAUAUUAUCGAAUUAGCAUCCAGAUUAAAUUGA